AUGUCUGCUUCACCAGAGCCUCAGCCAGGCUCGCCCGCGGCUGCUGUGGAUGGGGAGCACGAAGAGCACGGCGCUGAGGAUGUCGUUCGCGAGGACACCCAUCAUGAAGAUGAAGAAGCGGAGGAUCUCGCAGAGAAAGACGGAGAGGAGCCCAAAGCCGAUGAGGCUAAUCUUUCCGAUGACGAAUCUGUCCUCUCUGAAGUGGAUGAGGCUCAGUUCGAGGACUUCAAUCCGGACGAUGUCGCCAUCGAGGACCGCCCUACGCUUGCCAUCGACGAAGAGAACUUGAAACUGAUUGGCCGACACAAGCGCAAGAGACGCGAUGACGGAGAAGAGGAGCGACCGAAGAAAAAGAAAGAGGGACGGAGGGAGAAGAAAAGUCGCCGCCUGAGAGAGUCCGCCAGUGCGGAGGCAGAGGGCAAGGGAUCCCGCAAGAAACGAGAGGCUACACCGGAGGAUGAGGAGUUGCUUGAUCCGGCAACCAGACGCCGUAGAGCGCUCGAUAGGGCUAUGGACGAAGCUCUCAAGAAGCCAUCCAGGCGAAGGCGCAAGGCUGAUGGCAUUGACCUGGAACAGAUGGCAGAUGCCGAGGUUGAAGAGAUGCGGAAACGCAUGACGCAGGCUGCACAGCUUGAUGCCAUCAAUCGUCGGGAGGGUAAACCCGCGAUGCACAAGCUCAAGAUGCUACCGGAGGUCGUGUCGUUGUUGAACCGCAACCAGUAUGUCAACAGUCUGGUCGACCCUGAAAUCAACCUACUGGAAGCAGUCAAGUUCUUCCUCGAGCCUCUCGACGAUGGUUCUCUGCCGGCGUAUAACAUCCAGCGCGAUCUUAUGGAGGCGCUGGCCAAGCUUCCCAUCAACAAGGAAGCACUUAUUGCUAGCGGCAUUGGCAAGGUGAUUGUGUUCUACACGAAGAGCAAGCGGCCAGAGGAGAAAAUCAAGCGGAUGGCCGAGCGUUUGCUGGCCGAGUGGACGAGACCGAUCCUGCAGCGCAGCGAUGAUUACUCGAAGAAGGUCUACGAAGAAGUCGACUUUGAUCCUACACAACUGGCAAACCGUCCACAAGUCCUGUCUGCUCAGGCCACUGCUGCGGAGGCUCGUGCCAGAGAGCUCCUUCCACCUCGUCUGGCCAACCGUGCUCGGCGCGAGACAGGACAUACCACAUACACGGUUGUGCCGCGCGCGACGACAGUGCAGGAGAGCAAGUUCGCCCGUCCUUUGGGAGCCAGUGGAGAGGACCGCUUCCGCAAGAUGAAGGCGCGGCAGAUGAAUGCCUCGAAGGCCUCACGCAGAUGA